UCUCAUGCGCAAGUCACAAAAUUCACUGCUGAACAUGGUUUACUACGAAUUUUUUAUGUACGACACGACUGUACAUAUUUUCCUGACCUAAUUUCUAACUUUCAAGUUAAUGCAAGUUGAAGGAAAAAAGUGACAUCGCAGCAGCCAGCAAAAAAAAAUUAUUUCGCCACAAAUAACGGGAAAGAAUCGCAGUGAAAAUGCGUAAAAAUUAGGCGAAAAAGUCAGUGAAUGAAUUAGCUCGUCUGUUGUUAUGUCGAUUGUGCGUUGAAUCAUCAAUCAAAGGCGAAAAAUACGAAAAAAAAUACUCAUACACAGACAGCUCGCGAUAUAAAUAUGAAGAAAAAGAUAAAUAAGAGAAAAAGAAAUUGAAAGUGGGCGAGCUGCAAUUACGAUAAUUUUUAGCUAAACUCGCGUGUAAUUAUUAGUUUUUAAUGUUCGCACAGCAGUUUUGAGCUCACAACUAGAAAAAUCACAAAAAAUCACGAAAAAUACGACGAAAAAACGCAUUGAACCAUCCCCACAACUGAGACGACGAAGAGAGAAAAAAUGGGCAAGGACAGUGAAUUACUGGAGGCGAGUCGAUUGGGAAACUUUGCGCUCGUCGAAAAAAUACUCGUUUCCAAAGCGAAGAAAAUUGGCCCGCUCGCAAGUUUACGACGCGGACCUGGUCCAAAUGUGCAAGACCAAUGCGGGAACUCGGCUCUACAUUACGCUGCCAUGAAAGGUCACAGUGAUAUCGCACGCUUACUCUUGAGUUACGAUGCAAAUCCAAACUUACCUGACAAUCGUGGCUCCACACCAUUACACAUUGCCGCCUGGGGUGGCUAUCACGAAAUCGUUACCAUGCUCCUGACGAACGCGAAUCGUCCCGCAAACCCAAAUCAGCAAACGAUCGACUUGGAUACUCCGCUUCAUUGUGCCGCCCAGCACGGACACACGAAAGUUCUUACAACGCUUUUGGCGACGGGAGCGAAUGCUGAUGUCCGAAAUCAGCGCGAUGAAUCUCCUUUGGAUCUGGCAGCGCAAUAUGGACGUCUUCAAGCUGUGUUGUUACUCACAAGAGCGAAUCCCGAAUUAAUUAUCCCGUUGAAGUUUGAAUGCACUUUGAGUCAUUCUCCGUUACAUUUGGCAAGUCGAAACGGACAUAAGGAUGUCGUUGAGGUACUUUUGGCUGCUGGAGUUUAUAUAAAUCUUCAAACCCCCAACGGGACGGCGCUGCACGAAGCGGCGUUAUGUGGAAAAGAAGCAGUAGUGAGACUCCUGCUGAAUAACGGGAUCGAUAUUGAGGCACGAGACGGCGAAGGACGCACCGCGUUGGAGUUGCUGCAAGAAUUUCCGCCAAAUGUGACACGGAAUAUCGUGUCCCUCAUCAACAAUUAUCGGAAUUACUCGAUGUACGCGGAUGACAGCGGCUUCAAUGAUCAUUCGCGAAUGUACGCGUCAUUUGGCGGCAAUUCGUACGAUAGCAAUCGUGAGUCAUCGCAUUACAAUAGUAAUUAUAACGAAACAACGACGAGUCCGUCAUCGUCGAUGGGCAGCUUGGGACCGCCAAGUCCCACGUCGAGGCAUAAGUACAGCAGGAGCAUGGGAGAUGCGGGUUAUGUUCACAUGAGACCGUCUGGAGGCUCGAAAGUUUCACCAACUCCACCAAAGAAACCACCGAGACGCAAUCUCUCGAUAUCACCGACACACCUGGACCACGGAUACACAUUCACCACAUUUGAGGGUAAUAAUCUAAAUAAUAAUAAUAAUGACACCACACAUACACUUGACAAACGAAAGCCCGAGAGCAAGUCCAAGCCAGUCGCACUUCCUCGCAACUUUUUUCUCUGUGCACCAAAAUCCAAACUUUCGUCGGCAUCCAGCUCGAGCUCUACCCAAAACAAUAACCAAACCCCUAAUCAUAACAAUAACAAUCUAAAUAUUAGCAAUAAUAGUUUUAAGCGUAAAACAAAUACUUAUGAGUAUCUUUGUUUAGCCAAAAGUGGAACCAAAGCCGAAGGUCAGUAUUUAAGAUUUAGUACGUGUAGCAAUCAUAAGAACACUAAUAAUCUUCUCAUCCGUUAUUUUGCCUCUGCAUGUACUUAUCCUCCUCCGUCGCCAGCGACGAACAAAAACAACUUAAAUCGUGGCGCAACAGUCGACCAAUAUCUCCCAAUGAAUUUAUCGGCAGAUUCGACGGCGAUGUCGACUCCAUCCUCGUCGGCAGCUGCCAAACUUAUCAACUACGAGAACAUGAUGGUGCGUGUGCCGAAUCCGAAGCGCAAGCUAAAACGUCAGAAAGAUAACAGCGAUAGCAAGAGUUUUGAGGCAUUUUUCGCACCAAAAAGUGACACAUCGACAUCAGCAACGACUCCACUCAGUCCAACGCAUUACAAACAGCCUCCGACGCCAGAUCAUCCGCCGCCGUCGGCGCAAACCGCCGAACGCAUGAUCUACGAGCGCAUUCGACCAUUGAGCCAGGAGUACAAGCAACGGAAGUACAUGCUAGAGACAGGAACUUCGCCAUCGGACUUUUUCAAUAAGUCACUUGGUGCAUCAAGUGGUUCGCUGAGUUCGAGUGUCUCGAUGUCGGACCGCAGUUGUUCCACGGACUGCGUCGAAGAGUACAUCAACGAUAUGCCAUUUGCCGGUCUCUUUAAAGGCUCAACCAUGAACUUGGAUAAUGCGACGGCAUUCUUUCAGACAUACCUUAACAAUUACAAGCAACAAAUGCCUCCACCAGCGACAUAUCAACAGUCUCAGCAACAAGAGCAAAUUCUACUGCCAAAUCGGAAUUCGCGCGUCGACAUCACAAUCACCACGAACAAGUACACGCUCGAUGACUUCCAUCACAUCGAUACGAAUGGCGAUGAUGCCUCGUCUCUCAAUGGCAUCGCAAGCAUCGAGAACAACGGCACGGAGGAGAAAACGAGUCCGAGCAGCAAUGUGAUAAGUAAUGCGAGUAAAGUUAAUAACAACAAUGAUAUUACCACCGAUCUGAUGAGUCCGUUUAACGAGCAAGAAGAAUGGGCGAAAAUUUCCGAGAUUAUGGAGUCGUUUGGAAGUAGCUUGGACGGAGAUAAGCAAGAAAAUGGUUCCUCAUCGAAGAAACUCUUCGAGACACCCCUUCAAAAGUUCCUCAACAAGAUUGGCUUGAUACAUGUCGAGCAGGCGCUCGUCGAUAGUGGCUUCGAUGACGUCGAUUAUUUGCAUGGUGUCUUAACAAUUGACGAUAUGGAGACAAUUGGCAUACCUGACAACGAUCGUUCCCACUUGAUGGAGUCCAUAAAAGAUCUUCCACUAGCAUUAACGAACGCAGAUCAUCACAAAUUGCGCGAGGAAAAGGCCCGUGCGGCACUGGAGUCCAAAACGACAAAUGGAUUGACCAACGGUAGUUUGGUGCCGCCACUCACAGUCGAUCAAUGGCUAGCGGAUAUCAAGCUGGAAGAGUAUAAAGAGGUGUUCAAGAGUCACUUGUACGCCGAUAUGGAACGCGUAUCCAAAAUAUGGGAAAUUGAAUUGCAAGCUGUGUUAGAAAUUAAUAAAUUAGGUCAUCGCAAACGGAUUUUGUAUUCGGUUGCGGAAAGGAAUAAAUUAUUGCCGCCAAAUUUGGAAGAGAUAAAUGGCGUUGAUUCGUCAAAUGAUGUCAUGAGUGACGAAUCGCCGGCGAAAGUCUCCAAUGGGGCACACGGAUCACGCAGCAGUAGUCAUAGUAGUGCAAGUAGUCAUAGUUAUCGUAAGAGCAGACCUGCUCCAAAACCACCGAUAGAAAUACGAGCGCCUGACGAGCUACUUCUGGGUCCAAGUAAUUGUAAUAUGAAGACACAAUGGCGCCAUUCCGCGUCAACUUUGGUGUCGAGUAGUGUCAAAUAUGAAGUUUUUUAUCUGGGUUCAACGGUCGUGAAAGAGCUCCGUGGCACGGAAUCCACACGUAAAUCCAUUCAAAAGUUGAAAAAGGGCGAAAGACUUGCUACGAACACCACAAAUGGCGAUGACGCUCUCAAUCGUCACCAACAGUUCAAUCACUCCCGUCGACCUGUUUGCAUCGCAAUCAGUCAUCGUGGCGUCCAAUUUAUCGAUAUCGAGUCUCAGGGAACAAUUUGCGAACACGAAAUUCGCAAUAUCAAUUGUGCUUGCCAGGAUGCCGAAGACCUCUCACAUUUUGCUUACAUUACCAAAGAUUCUGAAAAUAACACUCAUUACUGUCAUGUCUUCAAUGUCGACAGUAUGAGCCUCGCUACCGAAAUAAUCCUCACACUGGGCCAGGCAUUCGAAGUCGCUUACCAGUUAGCUCUCCGUGACGCAUCGUCCUCAACGCUAGCGCUAAGAAGUCCCAGUUCAGCUGGCUUUCUGUCAAAGUAAAACACGAGAUUCAAAUAAAUUGUGUGAUAAUCGGUUUUAGUUUCCUGCUGAGGCGUUCCAAAUCGGGAUUAAAAACGGAUUUUGUACUAAAAUGAUCAAAAAAACAAAAGAGAGACACAAUUUAGAUAGGGAUUAAAAUAUAUAUUAGAACAAUGAUAUUCAAACAAGGAAGAUACUUUUCAGGUACUUUAUCCCUUUUAUUUGGAAAAAACGAGUUAUUCAUGUUACUUUGUUCGAAAUUCAUAUCAAACAGUCUUCCUUAUCUACUUUUUG